AUGGACUGGCAGGUCGGUCCACAGAUUAGCGGCAGCUACACCAAAGCCUCAGUCACCUCUAGUUUUGGGUACAUCCAGGAGGGUGGCAAGCAGCAGCAUUUUGGACUAGUGGCGGAUAUCUGUUUAUCAAAUUUAAACGCACUGUCAAAUAAGACAACAAGACUCUUCACAGUCAAGCAAUUAUUUGAAGCUGAGCCCAUUCUGCAUAUUCAGCUAGAGCUAAACCAGAUCAAAGCUAAGGUUGACCAGAAGCUGGCAGCGAAGGAUGAGGUGAUGGAGCAAAAAAGCCAGAGGACUGAGUGCAGUGGCAGGGAGCUAAGGUGUGGACGCAAAGUGGCUGAGCAGGAGCUGGUUGAUGCUAGUGAGCGUGUUGGACUGCUUCACUCUCAGAACACCAGUCUUCUGAACACCAAGAACAAACUGGAGGCUGACCUUGUUCAGGCUCAGUGUGAAGUGGAUGAGUCUGUUCAGGAAGCAAGAAAUGCUGAGGAGAAAGCCAAAAAGGCUAUCACUGAUGCUGCCAUGAUCGCUGAGGAGCUGAAGAAGGAGCAGGACACCAGCUCUCACCUGGAGAGGAUGAAGAAGAACCUGAAGGUCACAGUCAAGGACCUGCAGCAUCGCCUGGAUGAGGCUGAGAACCUCGCCAUGAAGGGUGGCAAGAAGCAGCUCCAGAAACUCCAGGGUAAGUUGAGUGAGCUGGAAGCGGAAGUUGAGGUCGAAGAGAGAAGUGGAGUUGAUGCUGAUCCAAAACUAAGUCGGGAAAUCAGCCAUGCUGUGAUGUCUUGUGGUACAGUGUCAGCAGCACUGUACCGCUGUGAGUUUUUAAGUCCAAAUGUCCCUUUGAAAUGA